AUGUCAGUUCCGAGUCCACCAGUGGCUCUCCAGAAAUCAACAGCCAUGGAGGCCGCAGCUACCACAGAAACCAAAGGGGUUUCCUCACCAGUUGUCGAUCCCCAAGUCAACAACGCCGUACCCCCAGUGCAUACCACGGCGAAUACAGAAGCUCUUGAUGGUGAACUGCUGGUAGAACCAACAGAGUACAUCGAACAGACACGCUUCAUUACCGCCAAUAUGGCGUAUAGUAAUAACGAGGUAGAAAAGAUGCUUGAGAAGGAACGAAAAGCUGGUCGUAUUGAUUUGCGGUCACGGCAAGCCAUGAUGCACAUUACCUUGACUCAAGCGAGGAUUAGUGAUCUUGAACAGGAGCUCGAGAAGCUGAAGAACCAUGUGUUUGACACGCCUAAGGAGAAGAUGAGGAAGGAGAGGAUGAAGUAUCCAAUCCACCACCGCGAAGUUCGACGAUCUACACCAACCGAUUUCGAGAUCACAAAAACUACUUACGACGUACCUAUCGAAAGACGCCCAGCAUUAGAAGUCUCAAUUUCCGAAUCCGCGUAUCCACAGACUAGUGGAAGUCUUCCGCUUCAAUCACAGGCUGAUGGCAAUUCUAAGAACAACCAUGAGGUAGCCAGUAUCAAAGGGGCUCAAACACCAGAGCGACUGAGGAUUCGAUCUACACCGCUACUUAUCCACCUGAGAAGUGUGACGGGAGAGGCCGUGGAGCUGAACGAUUCCAUAGACACGUACAAUGAUCAUCGGCAGGUGUUCCCAGGGCGAACUUUUCUGCGGCCAUUCAAACUCUUCAUCAAGCACGAAAAGUCGAUCAGACAAAGUUUGAUUGACCUACAAUCACAAGUUGAUGAACGCAAAGAUAAUCCUAUGUCAGAAGGUGUGGUAAACAAUUCGUCGUCCCAAAAAGAGGAUAGGGAUUUCGAGUUCACAGAUGAAGACCUUCUGGAAGACUUGAAACUUUUGAUAGAGUUUCUUGACCAUGAUCUACAGCCUACGUUUCAGCUGAGACGGCUCAUUGACAAUGGAACACUUUCGAACAUUGAGUUUGGAGAUCUAUGGCACUUGUUCAGCUUCGGUGCUACAGUUGUAUGUCAAACUGAUGAUACGCGGGCCUACAGAAUCGUGGGGUUUACGGGCGGCCGAGACCCGUUAACCAAGAUUAUGAAGUCCGAAUCAGAUAGGGUACCGGCACUUGAUGGAUUUGUGCUCGAUUGUUUGGGGCUGGCUUUUGAUGGAUCAGAAUUUGUGCCAAGCUUGCACAAAUUCACCAUCGCCAAGUUCCUAGGGUCAAGACCUAUAUCAUCACUACCGGUUUAUCCAUUGAAGUUCCACAAGGACUACCAGAAUUUGGCAACUAGCCUAUGCGACCGGGGGAAACGGUUCGAAAGAAUCACGGCGCCGCCGUUCUCGCAGCAUUUCAUGACAGGUCACACACUUGAUGAAGUGUCACAUGAGAUAGACGCACCAGUGAUUGUUGACAUUGCUGCCGCAUUCAACAGCAAUAAGGAGUGGAAGCCUCCAACAAGGAUUCAGGCUACACAUAUGACGAAGGCAGAUUUACGUGAAACGUAUUUGAAUCCGUAUUGCGGGCAUGCAUACGCCCGCGAAGGUUGUUGCGGGAGUGAUAUCAUCUUCAAAGAUCACUCCAUCGAUGAACGAGACUCCGCAAUAUACUUUCAAAACAAUGGCAGCCUUCUUGGGCCGCGGAAAAGGGAAGAGUUGACGGAAGAGGACUGGAUGCUCCUUCCCGACCGAGUGCACGCCUUUGUACUCCGCAAUCGACAGUGGGCCACCGUAAAGGUUGCUGAUCUAUCCGAUAUGAGAUACCAGCAUAACUUUGACAAGCUUAUGCUGCCAGAAAAGCACAAGACCUCGAUUCUUGCGUUGGUGAACACCCAUGAAAACUCCCGCUCGGCAGGCGGAGCAAGUAUUGGAGCAGGACUUGAUCUCGUGAAGGGCAAAGGAACAGGGCUGAUUUUGCUACUCCAUGGCGAGCCGGGCGUUGGGAAGACCUCAACGGCGGAAUGUGUUGCUGACAGCACGAAACGACCACUAUUUCCCAUCACUUGCGGUGAUAUCGGAGAAACGGCCAUGGAGGUGGAGAAGAACUUGUCCUAUAACUUCACUCUUGCGCACAAGUGGGGCUGUGUUCUUCUGCUUGAUGAGGCAGAUGUGUUUCUCGUCAAAAGGAGCAAGACUGACCUAAGGCGAAAUGCCGUCACGAGCGUUUUUCUUCGCAGUCUUGAGUAUUAUGGCGGGAUUCUAUUCUUGACAACUAAUCGCGUAGGCGGCAUUGAUCCGGCCUUCAAGUCACGAAUCCAUCUCAGUCUGUACUAUCCGCGAUUGAGGAAGGAUGAGACCGUCAAGCUAUACAAGACCUUCAUUCAAAGAGCCAAAGACGAGCAGGCGCGAGUGGGAAUUUCCACGUUCAAGAUUGACAAGAAGCAGAUUACCGAAUUUGCUAGGCAGCACUACCGUGAAAUGGAUGGCGAGAAACUUGGUACAUGGAAUGGCAGGCAAAUUCGCAAUGCUUUUCAAGCCGCCAUAGCAUUAGUCGAGCACGAAAGUCACCAGGCAACACCAGGUGCACAAAAGCCAAUCUUGGGAGCUGCACAGUUUCGCAUCGUAGCAGAAUCGUCCAAAGAGUUUGACAAGUAUCUCAUUUCUACCCUCGGCGCUGGAGAGUCGGAUAUAGCCAUACGUGAGGGGUGGCGAGCAGAUCGCUUUCCAAAUGUCGUGCUGCAAUCCUACUCGGGAGACGCUCCGAAGCCUACAAGGUCGCAUCGAUCAAAGGGUCGGUCGUCGCGUGCGAAGAUUGAAUCUGAUACUGAAGAUACAUCUUCCGAAAGUGAUGCCUCGGAUGACGAUAGCAGCAGUGAUGACGGGGAUGUCUAG